UUAUUUCAUUCUUGUCUUAUUGUAGUUAUCAUUCCAUUUUCAGGGCAUGCACAUUGAUUGUUGUAGAUGUGUAUUAGUACCACAGACAGUACACUGCUAAAGAAGAGUGCAGAUCGAUGUCUGUGGACCUUCAUGUUCGUCCAUCUUCUAGUAAUGCCUCACGGCUCAUAUCGGUGGGCGUGCCUCAAGAGACAGAGAUGACUGAUGGCUGUAAUCACAAGCACAUGAGGAAUACAUCUUCAUAUGAUAACUCUGCAAGCUUGUUGUGUCCUCUUAAUAUCUGCCAAAGCAAAGGGUUAGCUGAGGACAUGGAGACAAGUCAUUUUAAUUUACAGGCUAGGAACAAAGAGCAGAAGAAGCAAAUGGAGACAAGUCAAUCAGCAGGAAUAUCCAGCUGUAUGCAGUCUGCAGCAGGCUGUGCCAAUCCUGCAGCUCAGUCAGCAAAUGUUUUGCGAUAUGUGAAAGUUCCCAAGAAGACACAACUUAACAGGAGAAAUGCAAAGGGAGAGACUCUUCUGCACAAAGCAUGUAUGAGAGGAGAUCUAGCACAAGUCAAAGUGCUCAUUCAAGCUGGGAUCAAUGUCAAUGUGGAGGAUUAUGCAGGCUGGACAGCUCUCCAUGAGGCCUCUGCUGUGGGUAGUGAGGCAGUGGUUGAGAAACUGUUGAAGGCUGGAGCUACUGUUGACAGUAGAAGCUGUGAUGGUGUCACAGCCUUACAUGAUGCUGUUUCGUCUGGACACUAUCAGGUAGUGAAGCUUCUCCUCCAGUAUGGGUCAAACAUCUAUAACAAGAAUCUCAGUGGCCUCAGUGCACUAGACAUGGCGAAGAAGGAGAAUAUCAAAGAGCUGCUCUCGACUUUUCAAGCAUCUUCUGUUAGAUGUGAGUGUGAGGCACCUGCACAACAAAAAGAUGACACAUCCUUAGAAGCUCACUGCCACAUGCAGCUCUCCUGCCAGAGUAGCUUCAGUCCCAGCCACAAUGACACGGCAAAUGUUCAACCCAGAGAAUCAGGUGACAGAGACGGAGCCAGAGAGCCCAGUGACAUUCAGCUGAGAAAGAAAGACACCACCUCUGAUAAUCUGAGUCAUUCAGUUGCUGUAACAGAGGCUUUGGAGGAGGUUAGGAAAAAACACAAAGAAAUAUCAGCUUGGCCUCUGGAAGUUCUGGAAGAUGCGGGCAGAUAUGAUGUUGCUCUGAGACAUAUCCAGACAAUGCUGACUGAGGUGCUCACCAAACAACAGCUAGCCAAAGAUAAUCUUACCCAAAAAUACUGGGGUGCGCCCGACUGCCUUCGGAGACGUCUGUUGAAAAGGCAACUUGACUCCCUGGCUUCGCUUCAGAGAAGCUUGGUGGAGAUCCUCCAGAAGCAUAUUAAUUUGGUAGAGAUGUAUGUACCCAUGAAGGCCAAAUGCCGUACAUUAAUUAGACAGGAACAGGAUCACACAUACUCUCUGUCUUUUACACCAACCUCUUCUAAAGCUAGUGAAGCACAUUGCUGCAAUCAAGGGAAGAGAAAGGAAAGCAGUAGACCAGUCCCACAGGCCAGUCUGUUAAAAUCAGCACCUCCAAACAAUGCCAAGGACUUAACAUUGCCUAGACCUCCUGCUUCAUUACUAACCCAGGGGAAGAAGACUCCAACACAUAUAGAUGAGCUUAAUAGGAAAGCCAGCAGAAGUCAGAGCUGCGCCCCAAAACCAGGGAAUACUUUACAACACAUCAACUUUGAGAUGAAAAGAAAUGAUGCCCUGAUACAGACAAGAGCUAAAGAUGAUCGCAGACAUCUCUUCAAGCUCAUACAGAGUGGAGUCAUGCCAUCUGGAAGUAUUCUACAGUUAUUCUUGAAGGGUCAGUGGCACUUUGCUCACAUUCUGGACAAUGGCUCGAUACAGGACAGUAAAGGCAAGUUGCACUUGUCUCCAGAAUGCUGGUUGGAGUCUAUCCUUAGAAACAACAUUCCUGUCAGCUCAGCAUACACCUGGGACAAGGUGACGUUCAGAGACAAACCAUUGUCUUAUUACUUAUUGAACAUGGAGGCUGAAGGAAAUCCACUGCAGGCAUGUCCUAAAGAGGAUGUUCAACACUGCAGGCCUGGUUCUUGUCAGGAAGUGCUGUCAACAGAGGCAGACAGCCUGAGCCUCCUCAGGGAAAUCAAAAAAGUGCAUUUGGUGGGUGAUGACGUACUACUAACAAACGCUGUGAUGGACUACUACUGGGAGAAAUUCACAAGAAAUGACUAUGAUUCUGAGGACUGGGAGAGUUAAUUCUUAUAAUUUUGUCAGCACACAUUUUGUUCAUGAAUAACUGUUUAGACAAUUUAACUUGGUGAGUUUGACUUAUUCACUCAUAUUUCUGUUUACUGCACUGCACAGGUGACUUCCACUCAGUGAAUAUGAUUGAAAAAUGUUUGAGAGCAUUUAUCUUUUUUUGUUGUCAUAUUUGUUCUGGUUCUGUACAUGUUCAUAAGGUUUUAUGUUGUAAUAGUUUAUGCCUAAUUAUUUAAAUAUUAUCUAAAUGAUCUUUAAUCUAUAUCUAAGUGCUCAGAGAGUUUGGUGGUAGGUUUUAGUUUCACACUAUGAUGUAUCAGUCUAUAAGUUCAGUGUUCCUGAUUGACUUCUUGUAUGAGGUACAUGUUGUAUUUG